AUGGAAAUCCCGAGGCUGCUGCUGGCUCGCCGGACGGCGCAGGGCGGCGGCGGCGGCGGCGGCGGCGGCGGCGGCCCCGCGGGCGGCAGCGGCGGGGUCCACCGAGGCCCCGACUCGCCGGCUUGUCAGGCCCCGGCGCGCCGCCUCCUCCUGCUCCGGGGGGCCCAAGAUGGCGCGCCCGGGCCGCGGAGCGACGAGGCCCAUAGGGCCUCGCGGGGCCCCGGCCCGAGCCCAAGCCCGAGCCCGCUGGCGCCCAGGCCGGAUCUUGCGAUCGGCGGCGGCGGCGGCGGCGGCGGCGGUGGCGGCGGCGGCGGCGGCGGCGGCGGCGGCGGCGGCGGCGACGACUUCUUCCUGUUGCUGCUCGACCCGGUGGGUGGCGACGUGGAAAGCGCGGGCGCGGAGCAGGCCGGAGGGCCGGUGCGGAGGGAGGAGGCCGAGGCGGGCCUGGGGCCCGAGCGGGGCGGGAGCGGCGCGCAGCCCGCCAGCCGCCCCGCGCUGGUCCCCCGCCGGCUGGCGGCAGUGGCGGCGGCCUCGGCGCCCGUGUCGGUGCCCGUGCCGGCGCCGGUGCCGGUGCCGGUGCCCGUGCCCGUGUCGGUGCCGGUGUCGGGUCCCGUGCCGGGCCUGAGCCCCGCGCCUGGCCCCGCGGCGGCCUUCGCGGGCACCAUCACCAUCCACAACCAGGACCUGCUGCUGCGCUUCGAGAAUGGAGUCCUGACCCUGACCACGCCCCCGCUGCCCGCCUGGGAGCCCGGGGUCGCGCCUUUCCCGCAGCCGCAGCCCGGGGGUCCGGCCGCCCCGCCGCCGGCCGGCUUCCCGCAAGCUGCCGCCGCGCAGCUGGGAGACUGCCCCGAGUUGCCGCCCGACCUCCUGCUGGCGGAGCCGGCCGAGCCCGCGCCCGCGCCGGCGCCUGAGGAGGAGGCCGAGGGCCCGGCGGCGGCCGCCCAGAGCCCCCGCGGACCGCUGGUGCCCGGCCACCCGGGCGUGGUGCUGUACCUGUGCCCCGAGGCGCAGUGCGGGCAGACGUUCGCCAAGAAGCACCAGCUGAAGGUGCACCUGCUGACGCACAGCAGCAGCCAGGGCCAGCGGCCCUUCAAAUGCCCCCUGGGCGGCUGCGGCUGGACCUUCACCACGUCCUACAAGCUCAAGAGGCACCUGCAGUCACACGACAAGCUGCGGCCCUUCGGCUGCCCCGCCGAGGGCUGUGGCAAGAGCUUCACCACCGUGUACAACCUCAAGGCACACAUGAAGGGCCACGAGCAGGAGAACUCGUUCAAGUGCGAGGUGUGCGAGGAGAGCUUCCCCACGCAGGCCAAGCUCAGCACCCACCAGCGCAGCCACUUCGAGCCCGAGAGGCCCUACCAGUGUGCCUUCUCGGGCUGCAAGAAGACCUUCAUUACCGUCAGCGCCCUGUUCUCCCACAACCGCGCCCAUUUCAGGGAACAGGAACUCUUCGCCUGCUCCUUCCCGGGCUGCAGCAAGCAGUAUGACAAGGCUUGCCGCCUCAAGAUCCACCUGCGCAGCCACACGGGUGAGAGGCCCUUCCUCUGCGACUUCGACGGCUGCGGCUGGAACUUCACCAGCAUGUCCAAGCUCCUGCGGCACAAGAGGAAGCACGAGGACGACCGCAGGUUCACCUGCCCCGUGGAGGGCUGCGGCAAGUCCUUUACCAGGGCCGAGCACCUCAAAGGCCACAGCAUCACCCACCUGGGCACGAAGCCCUUCGUGUGCCCCGUGGAAGGCUGCUGUGCUAGGUUCUCUGCCCGGAGCAGCCUCUACAUCCACUCCAAGAAGCACCUGCAGGAUGUGGACACUUGGAAGAGCCGCUGCCCGGUGUCCACCUGUAACAAACUCUUCACCUCCAAGCACAGCAUGAAGACCCACAUGGCCAAGAGGCACAACCUGGGCCAGGAUCUCUUGGCGCAGCUGGAGGCGGCCAAUUCCCUCACGCCCAGCAGCGAACUGACCAGCCAGGGCCACAGUGAUCUCAGUGGCCCCGAGAUAGUGUCUCUCUUCUCCGACGUGCCUGGCGCUGGCUCUGCCGCUGUGCUGGACACGGCCUUGGUCAAUUCGGGAAUCCUGACCAUCGAUGUGGCUUCCGUGAGCUCCACUCUGGCGGGGAGCCUCCCCGCCAGCAGUCCGGAUGCCCUGGGGCCCGCUGUGGAUGCCCGCGCCCUGAGGCCCGCCAGCGACCUGCCCCAGAGUCUGGACACCUCGCUCUUCUUCGGAACCACGGCCUCUGGCUUUCAGCAGAGCCCCCUGGAUCUGGAUGAUGUCUCCAGUGGCAGCGUGGGGCCCUUGGGCUCCCUGGGCUGUCUGGCCAUGAAAAACGCAAGCGCAGAGCCCCAGGCUCUGACGCCCAGCAGCAAGUUGACCGUGGACACGGAAGCUCUCACUCCUUCCAGCACCCUCUGUGAAAACAGCGUCUCCGAACUCCUGACUCCAGCCAAAGCCGACUGGCAUGUCCAUCCUGACUCGGACUUCUUUGCACAGGAGGAAGACAGCCAGUUUGGCUUCUCCAACCCAACAGGAAACCAUGGCUGUCACAAAGAAACAGAUCUUAUCACAGCGACGGGCAGCUCCUUUUUGGUAUGAACCGACUCUGUUCCUUCUCCGCCACGCCAUGCCACCGGGCUUGCUUUUAUUACGCUCGAAUUUGAGGGGCCUCUGGACUGAAUGCUUCCGGCCGUGGGAUCGUUUCUCACUGCUUUGAGAGACAGCCCCUCCCUCCCUGGACUGCAAGUGUGGAGAUUUUCAUUCUGAUCUUGAGUGGAACUGACAAGUUCUGUGACCCUGAGUGAGUCACUUGACUUCUCUGAGCCUUAAUGUCCUUAUUUAUAAGAGGAGGUGGUUUGAUUGGGUUGCUCUAUGGUCUUUUGAACUCAUUAAUUCCUUGGUAAUAUGCUACUUUCUUUCUAAACUUUUCCGACAUCUUUCAAUGAUGAUUUUAUUUUUCUUUUUACAAACAUGCGUUAAGUUAAAUUAUGUUAUAGUGAAUACGUUUUUAUUUGGCUCUUGCACUCAACAAUUAUAAAUUCAUGAACCAGCUGAAUAUUGUUUCUCUGUGACUGUGAAGCUGGCCUAUGUUUUCCUGAGAAUCUGGUAAUGGGGCAGAGAAUGAUACUCCUUUCUGUGGUCUGGCAUGCUCAUUCUUUAUAGUUUUCUAGAGUUGAAAGAAAUGAAAGUUUGUAGCUGAAUAUUGUGUUAACUCUCUAUCAUGAGUAUAGCAUUUGUCAUUUGUGAAGUAUUUUCAUAACUUGUGUUUUAUUUGCUGUUCAGACCAACCCUGUGAAGUACUCUUGGCAAAGUCUGUGUUUCUUAUUAUAAUCUAGCCAACUCAAACUCCAACUGGGUUGUGAUUGACUGACAAUUUUAUGUAUAGCUUCAAAUGAGGAAGACAAACUCCUUUUACCUCUCCUGACCAUGAUUUUCAUGAUUUAUUACUGUAUUAUAACUAGUUGCUGCUUUCACAUUAGUCUGUUACCUUCUAUUUACUUUGUCUCUAGUCCACUCCCUUGUAUGUGCAUUUUAGUCCUUGUCAUCAUGCCUUGGCUUUUUAAAAGUGUUUAAUGGAUAGCUCUCUUUUCCUGUCACUAUUCCUUAGACAUUCUCCUCAUGGAACAAUUUCUUCUGACACUAACAUUUGCUGAGUGUACACUGCAGUUCUGUGUGUAUAGUUAAGAAGUUAUUUUUUGAGCUUAGAUAUGACUGUGUAUAUAUGAUUCAAAUAAUAAAGGAGAUUAUUUUCUAUGCUGUUCAGAUGAAAAGUGGUUUUUGGUUAAUUCCAUUUUAAAAAAGAUUUUGCCAGGGAGUCCUUCUAAUACUUUUUAUUUGCUCUAAAGUACUAGCUCGAUAGUAUUUGCAUGUAGAUAUCUGUGGAUGACUGUUGUUAUAGCACUUUUGAAGUGCACUAAAAAUUUGCCACUAUGAAAUGUUUCUAUAUUGAGUGUGGUUGUAUACACACAUACCCUGCAGACUCAUAUAUAUUUAAAAGUUGUAUUCAUCCAGUGUACAACAAAAAGUAGAAAUACAUUUUAAAAUUGGAGAUGUGCUUCAAAUUUCAUUGUGUUUAUCCAUUCAACAUUCUCUGCUCUUUGCUUUGGAAAUAUUUGUACUCUUAAAAUAUAUUUCAAAAAUGUUAUUAAUUAAUGCCUCUUAAAUAGAGCACUAUUUUUGGUGUCUAGUAAAUAUGUAUGUCAAGGAUUGAAAUGAAUACACAGUCUUGAAAAUCAAAUAAAUUUCUAAACAUAAAGA